GAGGAACAAAUCAGGGGGAGCAGAACUGGGGAGCACAUGGAUUUGCCUCUAGUUGUCUGUGUGGAGGUUCUCAUGGCAUCAGCCGAUACUGAGUUGAGGAAAGGAAAAUGUCAUGGUGCCUCUGUGUAAAUACCAAGUAACUCAAGACGUCCCAAAUAAAAUCAUGGCAACAAGAAAUAAAUUCCCAAGGAGACAUCUGGAAUAUUGCAUCAUCUUCCUUCUGAUUCCUGGAGGAGCCCUCGGAUGUAGCAACCUGGCAGUGGACUCACCCAUUGUUCUCUGGGGAUCAACGGUUACGGCUUCUUGCACCAUCUGGAGGAACCACUGCCCCUUUCGCAAGGAUGGAGAAAUCCAGAUGAUGUGGAAACUGGAUGGCGAGCUUCUCCAAGGUGUCCAGUACAGCCCUGGUGGUGCGAUGGAAUUUUCAAACAUCACCAUCGGCCCUCUCAACAGGACUACGGUCAGCCUGGGCUGCUGCGUGUUGAAGGAUGAGAAACCGCACCUUUUGAACCUGAAACAGAUCCACGCUGGAUAUCCUCCAUCGCAACCCCAAAACCUCACCUGUAUCAUGAAUGACACCACCAGGAAUGUGAAGUGCCAGUGGGACCCUGGAGAAGACAGCCUCCUCCAAGUCCAUACUACUCUGAAGGCCUCCAGGAGUCAAAGUGGAUGUGCUGUCCUCCAGGAUCCCAUCCCAGACUGCAUCCCAGAGGCAAACCAGAAUUCUUGCACCAUUCCUCGCCAAAAUCUCCACCUUUACCAACCUAUGGCUUUCUGGGUGACAAUGCACAACGGCCUGGGAGUUGUACAAUCAGAGAUCCUUUGUGCAGACCCAAUGGACUUAGUCAAGCUGGAUCCACCAACUGUCCAGUCUGUCCAGUCCAUCCAGUCUGUCGCUGAGGAGUUGCACUGUGUGUCUGUGGCCUGGGAUGCAGCCAAAGACCAGGAGUACAUGAAGCAGUCAUGUGACCUGCGCUACCGCAAGGCUGGUGACCAGGAAUGGACACUGGUGCAGAAUGUUGGUGGCUCCACCAGGCAAGUACAGCACUGUGGCUUCCUCUUUGGCAUCUCCUAUCAAGUCCAGAUGCGCUGCCAGAAACUUGGAGCCAGAUAUAUGAGCAACUGGAGUCCUACAAAGACCUUUACCACUCAUGAGGACAGUGGGCAUGUGCCUUCAGGGGAACUUGAUGUCUGGUGGAAGAUGAAGCCCGGGGAGGAUGGACAGGGAACACAGGUGCAACUGCUGUGGAAGCCUAUGAAGCCAAAGGAGGCCAAGGGCAAAAUCCUGGGUUAUUGGGCCACCCUCGACCCCAGGCAACUCAGUGGUCAACUGUCCACUCUCUGCAACACCACAGAAUUGCGCUGCAAUUUCUCCUUGCCAAUCGGAGCACAGAGAAUUUAUCUCAUGGCUUACAAUGCAAGAGGCACAUCCCCGCCUACCAAGAUCUCAUUUCAGAAGAAAGGUAUUUCUGUGCCCAGGAUCCAAACCUCUCCUCUUGGGGAAAACAGCAUCUGUGUGAGCUGGGAUCCUCUAGGAGAACCAACCACCAGCUACAUCAUUGAGUGGCAGAGGCUGACCUCUGUGAAUUCCUUGGAUGAUUCUGAGACUAGCUGGACAAAACUGCGAAAUGGAGAGGAGAAACAAGUCCUGGUCCAAGAAAACAUUGAGCCUUACCAGCGGUACCUUAUUUCCAUCUACCCCCUCUACGAGGAUGGAGUGGGAAUGCCCCAGAGUACAGAAGCGUACACCAGGCAGAAAGCUCCUUCUGAGAGUCCCCAACUUCACCCAGGGGCUAUCAGCAAGACAACCGCUCAGCUUCUCUGGGAUCCCAUCCCUUUGGAACUGCGCAACGGCUUCAUCACCAGCUACACAAUCUUCUGGAUCAGCCCCAAUGAUGAUAUGAGCAGUGCUGUUGUGAACUCCUCUGUGAACUCAUUCACCAUCACAGAUCUCAAGCCUAUGACUAUGUACAAAGUGCACAUCAUGGCCUCCACUGUGGCUGGGAGCACCAAUGGAACCAGCCUGAUGCUCUACACCAAAGGAACAGAUGACUUCUCAUUUGCGUACCUGCUUAUCGGUCUGCUCUUGGUCAUGCUGAUUGUCCUGGUUAUCUGUUUUGAGAACAGCAAAAGGAUGAAGAUGCAGUUCUGGCCCAGCGUCCCUGAUCCAGCCAACAGCAGUCUAGGCAAAUGGGCUCCAGCAGUUCUACAAGAGGAGGCCCUCCUAGAUAACAGGUUAGGGGAACUUGGUUCCAUCAUCAUUCCUGCUAUCUUAGUGCUUGAAAAGGAUAAGAAGAAAUGCCUUUCCGCUGAGAAGAGUGAGAAGAGUGACCCUCCCGUGCCCCUGUCAGAUGGGCCGUGGUCGGAUGCUUCUAACGCCAAUGCUGCUUUACCAUCUGGCACCCCCAAGCCAGCUUCUCGCAUGAAUGGCUCAGAGUCUGUCCAGUAUGCCAGGGUGUUCUUGGACAGCUACCACAGGCAGGAGGAGGCACCGUCCUCUCUCUACUUGCGCUCCAACUCCACACAGCCACUUCUGGGUGACGUGACGCCCAGCCCAGAGCUCUAUGAGAACCUGUGGUUUCAUGGCGAGCAGCCAGCAAGAGUGCACAGCUGCAGUUUCCAAGAAGAUGCUGUCUUCCUGGAUGGGGCCCUGGUGGAGUUCCCAUUGCUGCAGGGUCUAAAGAUUAAUGGGAAUGAAGAUCUGAGCAACUUCUGAAGGUUGUGGCACCUUGCUGGCUUUGGAGGCGCAAGGGGGCUUGAUCCAAUUCUGUUCCUGCUUGCGACCGUAGUCCUCUUCUCCAUGAAGGAAGUACUGCCAGGUGCCUCUGCUUUCUCCAAGAUUCAGUUGAGGAAAGAUUCAGUCUACACUUAACUGCUUAACUGAUUGAAACAAGGACAUACCGGUGU